GGCGGGAAAACCGAUCGAUACUUUAACUUGUUGAGAGCCGUGAGCGUUUCGCUCUUGUGCUGCAAUAGCAAUAGUGACACAGUUCGUGCAUUGAUUGAAAUUAUGUGAUUUAAGGUCAUAAUAUCUGAUUAUUCUCCAGUUAAAUAAUUAAAACAAAAUGGCGUAUUUUUACAUGGUUUUUUUGGGAUUAUUAGUUGCCUACAUAGGGGUAGUUUCGUCUACAUUCGUGUGGAAACAUCACAAUAAUGAGGAGUUACCCUUAGUUUUGGAAGAUAUUCACGAAAAGUGCCCAAAUAUUACAAGAGUAUAUGCACUAACCGAACCAUCUGUUAGAAAUGUUCCCCUUUAUGUCAUUGAGUUUUCUGAUAGCCCUGGUUUCCAUCAACCAUAUAAGCCAGAAGUGAAGUAUGUUGGUAACAUUCAUGGAAAUGAAGUACUUGGUCGGGAGCUUUUGCUGGGUCUCGCCGAUUACCUUUGCGAACGAUACUUAAACCACGAUCGCAAAAUUAAGACCCUCAUCCAUACCACCCGGAUUCAUUUGCUGCCAGCAAUGAACCCUGACGGAUGGCAGUUGUCCUAUGAAACGGGGGCAAACGAUUAUCUCAUUGGUCGUAACAACAAUCACUCUGUGGAUUUGAACCGAAAUUUUCCUGAUCUUGACGCAAUCACAUUCGAGUUGGAACGCCAAGGAAUUAGUCAUAAUAAUCAUUUGCUAAGAGAUGUCACCCGUUUGACAGCACCGGUGGAACCCGAAACUCGGGCUGUAAUAAGAUGGAUGAUGGCUAUUCCAUUCGUGCUUAGCGCAGCUCUCCAUGGUGGAGACUUGGUUGCCAAUUAUCCGUACGAUGAAAGCAGGAGUGGGGCUCCCGUUUCAGAGUAUUCAGCCAGUCCUGACGAUGAUACUUUCAGGGACUUAGCGAUGACUUACGCCGAGUCCCACGCAGAUAUGGCUGAUCCAAAGAGGCAGGGUUGCCGUAUCUCCAAUGACGAUACAACCUCGUACAACUUCGGGAAACAGGGUGGAGUUACUAACGGGGCGGCUUGGUAUAGCUUGAAAGGGGGUAUGCAAGAUUUCAGUUACCUAGCAACCAAUGCAUUCGAAGUGACCCUAGAACUCGGUUGUAAGAAAUAUCCCCCAACGGAAGAGUUAGAAGAAGAAUGGCACAAAAAUCGCGAAGCAUUACUUGCGUUUAUAUGGAAAGCACAUAUUGGGAUAAAAGGGAUAGUUGGGGAUGACUCUGGAUUUAUUAAAAACGCAAUCAUAUCUGUGGUGAAUAUUACGGGACCGGUGCCGAGACCAAUUCGACAUGACAUAACUACAGGUGACUACGGGGACUACUACCGCCUCCUUACCCCGGGCCACUACGAGGUGACCGCCAGCCAUCCCGGAUACUUCUCCGUGUCACGAGUGGUUACUGUACCGCAUCAUCAGACCGCUGCCAGGAUCCUAAACUUCAAGUUAGAGCCAAAGACAAGUUGGUUCGACGACUACACAACGUACGGAUCAUACCCGUACGGACUACGCGAUGGUCAGCCAAGGAUUUAUAAGCGAUCCCUUUACGAACAAGUCACCAACAUGAUGCUAGAGAAAAAGGACACGAAACAUUAGAUUUAUUAAAUAAUUUAUUCAUAAAUGUGUAUAAAAGUGUUUUCUUUCGAUCAAAGUAGUUUAAAACCAUAUUUUUCAAAACCGAAGCACAAGCUAAAGUAAUUCUUCAUAUGUCAAAUCCAGUUGAGACCGGUUUAGUUCAUAUAAUCUCAACGAUUGAAAAAUAAACCAUCUAAUAAGCUGGGUUCAAAACAGUUUAUUAUCAGAAAAUUGUCAUCUAGUAACGUACGAGAUAUUAAAAUCUUUUAAAAUCUUUUAAAUAUUCAAAUCUAUCAAAAAUUUCCAGACAACAUCUAAUAACCUAGAUUUGCUAAAUAAAGAUUCUAUGAAAUUCUUCUAGUAUUUUUAAAAGCCGAUUUCUUAAUAACAUCUUACUGACCACCUUAAUAUCAACUAUUUAUUGACAUUAGAAAAACGAGGUUUUCACAUGUAUUUUGUCAAUUAUUUUAUAGUAUCGUUCGCUGCUAAAGUGUAAUCCAAAUAAAAAGUGAUAUAAUGUUACAAAAUUUACCAUUUACUUACAAAAUGAUAUGGAAUAGUAAUAGCAAAUACGUUCUUAUCCAUGCAUUACCGUACCCUUAGUACGAACUAUACAUCAAUUCUAAUAAUUAUCAUAGAUAAUAGAAUAAUUAUAGAUUUGUGUUCCUAAUACGGCCAUGUAUCAAGUAUUUUUAUGAGCGACACGAGGACGUUUGACCUAAACGGAUCCACGAACCUGCAGCGUUUGAAUGGUAUUGAAAUCUAUCAUAUAGUUCGUGGUAAGGGAUUAGUUUCAAAUCAUCUAGGACAAUCUGUACGGAAAUACAUGGUAAAUUCCAAGAAGUCUUGUUCAAUUUAAUGUCGAACUCGAAGUUGUUUGACUAAUUGGAUCCUUAGCCAAUGUAACAUUUAUAUUCUUAUCAACCAUCUAUUAUGCCGGAAAAUACAGUUUCUUCAGCGUCCCUUUAUAGGAUUAACACUGUAUUUUGUCCCGUAUACUAGAAAUUUUUGUUUUACUAAAGAGUGAUAUUGAAAGAUUUCUUUUUUUUAGCAAUGAUUUUCUUUUUAGCAAUUUUUAAUACCUACAACAUGUCCGUAUUCCAUUUGUAUAUAGUUUAUGUUAAAAAUGUUUUAAUUAUUUAAUCUGUGAAAUUUUAUUAAAUAUAUUUAUUAUCACUUCCAAUUUAUUCUGUACAGUAGUAAAUUUGAAAUAACUUAAAUGUGUAAUAAAUUUUAAUGUGCAA